UAGACUGGUCCCCAUAAGUGCUUGUUGUCUUCUGUUUUCAUGAAAGGGAAAGAGAGCAUGAGAAAUGGAAGUGGCCAACCAGUCUGUGGUAGCUGAAUUUGUCUUGCUGGGCUUGUCAGAUCACCCAACGCUGGAGAAAACCUUCUUCCUGCUCAUCCUGCUGAUGUACCUGGUGAUCCUGCUGGGCAAUGGGGUCCUCAUCCUGGUGACCAUCCUCGACUCCCACCUGCACACACCCAUGUACUUCUUCCUGGGGAACCUCUCCUUCCUGGACAUCUGCUACACCACCUCCUCAAUUCCCCUGGUCCUGGAUGGUUUCCUUACUCCCAGGAAAACAAUCUCUUUCUCAGGCUGUGUGGUACAGAUGUUUCUCUCCUUUGCCAUGGGAGCCACAGAGUGUGUGCUCCUGGGCAUGAUGGCAUUUGAUCGUUAUGUGGCCAUCUGCAACCCCCUCAGGUACCCUGUGGUCAUGAGCAAGGCUGCCUAUGUGCCCAUGGCCAUAUGCUCCUGGGUGGCUGGUGGUGCCAACUCCUUGGUACAGAUCUCCCUGGCAGUACAGUUGCCUUUCUGUGGGGACAAUGUCAUUAAUCACUUCACCUGUGAGAUCCUGGCUGUCUUAAAGCUAGCCUGUGCUGACAUCUCCAUCAAUGUGAUUAGCAUGGGGGUGGCCAAUGUGAUCUUUCUAGGGGUCCCAGUUCUGUUCAUCUUUGUCUCUUAUACCUUCAUACUCACCACCAUCCUGAGGAUCCCCUCUGCUGAGGGAAGGAGGAAAGCCUUCUCCACCUGCUCUGCCCACCUCACUGUGGUGAUCGUCUUCUAUGGGACCAUCCUCUUCAUGUAUGGGAAGCCCAAGUCCAAGGACCCACUGGGGGCAGACAAACAGGAUGUUUCAGACAAACUCAUGUCCUUAUUUUAUGGAGUGUUGACUCCCAUGCUGAACCCCAUCAUCUACAGCCUCAGAAACAAGGAUGUGAAGGUUGCUGUAAGGAACCUGGUGCAUUGGAAAUGCCUCAUUCAUUGAUAGUGAGAGAAGUGGGUUAUUUCCUGGUUCUGUGCACAGCAGGACUCUGCUG